AUGAUCGCAGAAGUACUAUUCAUCUUCUGGCGCCUGACGGAAAUCGUCUUUUUGAUUCCGAUCAUUGGCAUGCUAGCAUACUUUGUCAAUGGCUUCAUCAACGCAAACCAACUCACCCCAGCCUACAUUCUCGUCCUCUUCAUCGUCAGCACAAUCGCCGUCUUCUGGUGCAUCGACACUAUCCUCCGCUUCGGUAGCACGCGUCGCUCAGCCAUCUUCGUUGCAUUCCUCGAUCUGUGCUUCUUCGGCGCCCUGAUCGCUGGCGUCUAUCAACUGCGCUUCAUCGCUGGCGCUUCCUGCACAAACUGGAGCAACAAGAUCACAUAUCUCGACCAUGCUGGUACAACUUUAUACGCCAAAUCUCUAAUCGAGAAAUACUCCCAUGAUCUGACGAGUAAUCUCUUUGGAAACCCGCAUUCAGCAUCCGCAUCUUCGCAACUCACGUCUAAUCGUGUCGAAGAUAUCAGACUAAAAGCUCUGCGCUUCUUCAACGCAGAUCCAGAUGUAUAUGAUCUGGUAUUUGUACCUAAUGCGACGGCGGGGAUCAAGCUAGUGGCAGAGGCUCUGCGAGAUUUCCGUCCUUCGCCUGAUGGUCUGCGCGGAUUUGAGUAUGCGUAUCAUGUUGAGUCGCAUACCAGUUUGGUUGGAGUGCGGGCAUUGGCCGAAUUGGGCAGUCGCUGCUUUUCGACCGAAGAUGAGGUUCGGCAAUGGGUUAGUGGCCUCGAUGAUGAGGAUGAUAAUGCAAGACUAUUUGCGUAUCCUGCACAAUCGAAUAUGAAUGGUCGACGCUUUCCUUUGAAUUGGUGCAACCAAAUUCGACAAGCCGGACGACGAAAUAAUUUUACUCUGCUAGAUACCGCAGGUCUAGUCUCCACAUCACCGUUAGAUCUAAGUGAUCCUGAACUCUGUCCCGACUUUGUCGUUCUCAGCUUUUACAAAGUCUUUGGCUUCCCGGAUCUAGGUGCUUUGAUUGUCCGAAAAGAGUCUGGGCAUGUCUUCAACCAUCGAAAGUAUUUUGGAGGUGGCACCGUGGAAAUGGUGACAGUUGGAAAUCAAUGGUAUGCCAGGAAACAGUCGUCUAUACAUGAUCAGCUCGAGGAUGGUACUCUUCCAUUUCAUAAUAUCAUUGCACUUCAGUCGGCGUUUCAGGUACACGAACGCUUGUACGGAUCAAUGGCCAAUAUCUCAAACCACACUGCUUCCCUAGCAAAGCAACUGUUUGAUCGACUCUCUUCAGUCAAACAUGCAAACGGCAAACCCGUCUGCCAUUUCUACGUAUCUCCAGACUGUUCAUACGACGACCGAAACACCCAAGGUCCGAUCAUUGCAUUAAAUCUACUCGAUAGUAACGGUGACUGGAUUGGCAAGUCUGAAAUCGAGAAAUUGGCUUCCGUCAAGUCUAUACACAUACGAUCCGGCACGCUCUGCAAUCCCGGCGGCACAGCGAGCUUGCUAGGGCUGAGCAACGAUGAAAUGGAAGCAAAUUACAAGGCCGGUCAGAGAUGCGGAGACGAGAAUGAUGUCAUGCAGGGCAAGCCAACCGGUGCAUUACGAUUGAGUGUCGGCCCGAUGACAAGUUCGAGGGAUAUUGAUCGAUUCGUCUCGUUUAUCACGGAGUUCUAUGCGGAACAAACACUUUUACCCACAUUUUCGGAUGUGCAACUUCUAGCUGGAACAGAAGCAGAUAGGUACUACGUUGAAAGUCUAUGUGUAUAUCCCAUCAAGAGUUGCUCUGGAUUUACAGUACCGCCAGGAGUGGCGUGGAAAGUGCGUCCGGAAGGGCUCGCAUGGGAUCGUGAAUGGUGUAUCGUACAUCAAGGCACGGGUGCUGCUUUGAGUCAGAAGAGGUAUCCCCGUAUGGCCUUGAUCAAACCUAUAUUGGAUUUUGCAAAGGGCCUUCUUUGCAUCACUGGUGAUUUUUUGACUGGUGGACGCCAACUUGAUAUUCCACUGAACAGAGACGAUCCACGUCUUAUCACUACCGAGAUGACGAGAAGCUGUCAGAAUUCUGCUUCUGUCCGAAAACCGUCUUUAGUCUGUGGCGAUCGAGUCGUCAUUCAGGUCUAUACAUCUACAGAAAUCUCAGCUUUCUUCUCUGAGUUACUCGGCGUUCCAUGCACUUUGGCUCGAUUCCCUCCUAGGAGCUAUGCGCGCCACUCCAAGAACCCUUAUCGUUACCAACACAGUCUAUCCAAGAGACGAAAUGAGAUGCCGGGCGCAUUCCCGCUCGACACUAGCCAUAUGAACGGUAGUAACAACAUUCCAGGAAGAAAAGCGAGCGGCACAUCAAAUCCGAUCCUCCUUUCGAAUGAAAGUCCUGUCCUACUGAUCUCACGAUCAUCCGUGAACAGGUUGAACGAACAAAUUAAAGAAAAUUCGGGCAUCUCCGAAACUAUUCUUCAUCUCGGCAGUAAUGCCACCAACACAAAGACAGUAGCAGCGAAUGUCUUUCGUGCAAACAUAAUUAUCGCCGAAAACCUUCCUGCUCAUCUUCGUCCUCAACACUCAUCACUCCCUACGUCAUCAACAUCAUCGCCCUUUGAACAACCAUACAUCGAAGAUACAUGGUCUUCGAUUACCAUUGGGCAGAAAAAUCUACAGUUUGAUGUCCUCGGCGCUUGUUCACGCUGUCAGAUGGUAUGCGUUGAUCAACUGACGGCCGAAAAACGUGAGGAACCGUUGUCGACUUUAGCGAAGACUCGACGAGUAGGUGGGAAGGUGAUUUUUGGGAGACACUUAGGGCUAUCCGCAUCCAACGAUGAUCUUGACCAUGGUGAACAUGAUCAGGAUGAUGAUAAUACCGAAGACUCGCAAAGAAUGAUUAUGGUUGGGGAUACGGUCGUGCCAUCUUACUAUGAACAAGGAUAG